GAAGCUAGAGUGUUUUUGGAAGAGAAAGGACUAACAGAACGACACAAUGGGGAGGAAAAAGAUUCAGAUUGCAAGAAUUAUGGAUGAACGUAACAGACAGGUGACGUUUACGAAGCGUAAGUUUGGGCUGAUGAAGAAGGCCUAUGAGCUGAGCGUUCUGUGUGACUGUGAAAUCGCUUUGAUCAUCUUCAACAGCACCAACAAGCUCUUCCAGUACGCCAGCACGGACAUGGACAAAGUUCUGCUCAAAUACACCGAGUACAACGAACCCCACGAGAGCCGCACCAAUUCGGACAUCGUGGAGACUCUGAGGAAGAAGGGUCUAAAUGGCUGUGACAGUCCUGACAUUGACGCGGAUGAUUCUGGCCACAGUCCCGACUCAGAGGACAAGUAUCGCAAAAUAAACGAGGACAUUGACUUCAUGGUCAGCAGACAAAGGCUGUGUGCCAUUCCCCCCUCGAACUACGACAUGCCCGUCUCCAUCCCCGCCACUAACCCCAACAGCCUGCUCUACAGCCACCCCGGGAGCUCUCUGGGCAGCCCCAGCCUGUUACCACUGGCCCACGGCUCUCUCCAGAGAAACAGCAUGUCUCCGGGAGUCAACCACCGGCCCCCCAGUGCAGGAAACACAGGUGGUGUCCUGGUCCCUGAGCUGAGCACUGGCUUAGGAGGCGGUGCAGGAAACGGAUAUGGGAACCAUGGCAACUCCCCUGGGAUGCUGGUCUCUCCAGGAAACAUGAGCAAGGGGAUGCAGGCCAAGUCCCCUCCCCCCACGUCAGUCAGCAUGAGCGGCCGCAAGCCUGACCUCCGUGUGCUUGUCCCCCCUGGUUCCAAAAACACCAUGCCCUCCAUCUCUGAGGACUUGGACAUGCUGCUGAACCAGAGGGUCAACAACUCUCAGUCUGCUCAGUCAUUGGCCACCCCUGUGGUUUCAGUAGCCACACCCACUAUGCCUGGCCAGCCAAUGGGAGGAUACCCCUCAGCAAUAUCCACCUCCUAUGAGUAUGCCCUGGGCGGUGCCGACCUGUCCUCUCUGUCGGGCUUUACCAGUUCAGGCUCUCUGAAUCUGGGCUCAAUGACUGGCUGGCAGCAGCAGAACCUUCAGAACAUGCAACAGACGAACCUGGGUCAGCUAGGAAAUUGCACUAGCAAUAACUUAUGUCAGAGUUCAAAUCUGUCCCUGCCCUCUGCUCAAAGCCUGCACAUCAAGUCCGAACCUGUUUCUCCUCCUAGAGACCGGGCAGGCAGCACGCCCGGGAGCUAUGCCCCGCCCCCACUCCCUCCGCCUCCGCAGGCCCCGCUCCGGCAAGACUCAGGCCGCUCCCCCGUGGACAGCCUGAGCAGCUGCAGCAGCUCGUAUGAGGGCAGUGACCGGGAAGAGCACCGCUCCGAAUUCCACUCGCCCCUGGGACUGCUGCGCCCCUCACAGGACGAGCGCGAGAGCCCGUCCGUCAAACGCGUUCGUCUGUCGGAGGGCUGGACCUCGUGAUGGCUCUGUCUCUCCCGGCCUGCGUGCCCUUCAGGGAGGG